CAGCUGAAAACUUGCACGGUUUGAGGAGUGGAUACAAAAGAAACGGGAGCUUGCAUGAAGGAUCACAUUGUUUCUCUGCACCGAUUGACGCCUAACGGAAUUCUUAUCGAUCUGAGACGUUUGCGGGCUGUGAUUUACCUCUGAUUCGGCUUCAGGAUGAUGAAGUUUAGGUUCAGACGGCAGGGGAACGACCCUCAUCGUGAAAAAAUCAAGCAGGAUCUGUUUGCAUUCAAUAAGACAGUUGAACAUGGAUUUCCAAACCAGCCAAGUGCUUUGGCCUAUGAUCCCAAACUGCAGCUUAUGGCCAUUGGAACUAAAUCAGGGGCCAUCAAAAUAUAUGGUGCUCCAGGGGUGGAGAUGACUGGACUUCAUAAAGACACUGCUGCUGUCACGCAGAUACACUUCGUCUGUGGACAGGGAAGGAUACUUUCUCUUUUGGAUGAUAACACUAUUCACCUUUGGGAGAUCGUGCAGAGAGAAAACCGCUCACAUUUGGUAGAAGUUCACAGCUUCAACCUGCCUGGCAGGCCGGGCAUCGAGAGCACAAGUGCAACUCGUGUGACGGUCAUGCUGCUGAACCUGAGCUGUAACCUUCUCGCUCUGGGGACUGAAGGUGGUGGGGUUCACUUUCUGGAGUUGCCUACCCUUACCCUGCUCAACAAGUCUCUGUUUCAGGACGAGAUCAUGCAGAGCGUUCCAGAGGAGUACAAGUGUGGAAAAUCAUUGGGGCCUGUGGAGUCCCUGCAGGAACAUCCGAAAGACUCAGAUAAAAUCCUCAUUGGCUACAGCAGAGGCCUGGUGGUGCUCUGGGACCUCAACAGUCGGCAUGUGGACAACCUUUUCCUGGGAAAGCAGCAGCUGGAGAGUUUGGUCUGGGAACGGUCCGGGAACAGCUUUGUUAGUUCUCAUAGUGAUGGCGGAUACAUGGUGUGGGCUGUCAGCAGCAGCAAUCCUUGCACCCAUGACCCUGUCUCAUCCACCAUACCAUAUGGCCCCUUUCCCUGCAAAGCCGUAAACAAGAUCCUGUGGAGGACAACAGAAUCAGGAGCUCCUUUAGUGUUAUUCAGUGGCGGGAUGCCCAGAGCCAGCUAUGGAGACAGACACUGCCUCACCAUCCUGCAGGACAGCAGCCACGUCACGCUGGACUUCACCUCGCGUGUCAUCGACUUCUUUACCAUUCACUGCACAGACACAGAAAAGGACUUUGACGAGCCAUCAGCACUGGUGGUUCUUCUGGAGGAGGAGCUGGUGGUGAUUGAUCUUCAGAUGUCUGGAUGGCCCACAGUCCCUGCUCCAUAUCUGGCUCCUCUGCACUCGUCUGCCAUCACCUGCUCCUGCCACAUCUCCAAUGUGCCUCCCAAACUGUGGGAGCGAGUGAUCAGCGCCGGCCAGCAGCAGUGUCCGUUACAGAACUAUGAGAAUUGGCCAAUAUGUGGAGGGAAAAACUUAGCGCCUGAUCCAAAACAGAAGGAACUGAUGUUAACUGGUCAUGAGGACGGAACAGUGCGCUUCUGGGAUGCGUCAGGAGUAUCCCUCAAACCUUUAUACAAACUAAGCACGGCCUCCAUCUUUCAGACAGACUGCGAGCACAACGAUAGCCUGACACAAGUGGGAGAGGAGGAAUGGCCUCCUUUCAGAAAGGUGGGCUGCUUUGACCCAUACAGUGAUGACCCCAGACUGGGAAUCCAGAAAAUCAGCCUUUGUAAAUACAGCGGAAAACUGGUGGUGGCUGGAACUGCUGGACAAGUCAUAGUCAUGGUUCUUGGUGAUGAGAAGUCCGAUCACAUGAUUGAUGUGGCCACAGUGGACCUGCUCCAGGACCGAGAGGGCUUCACAUGGAAGGGUCAUGACCGGCUGCCUCCUAAAUCGGGCUCAGUAGUGUUUGCUCCUGGAUUCCAGCCGGUGGUCCUGGUGCAGUGCCUGCCGCCUGCUGCCGUUACUGCAGUGACCCUGCAUGCGGAAUGGAAUCUCAUCGCCUUUGGCACCAGUCAUGGCUUUGGCCUUUUUGACUACCACCGGCGAAGUCCAGUGCUGGCGAGAUGCACGCUACACCCCAAUGACUCUCUGGCCAUGGAGGGGCCGCUGUCCCGAGUGAAGUCGUUGAAGAAGUCCCUGCGUCAGUCCUUCAGGAGGAUCCGCAAGAGCAGAGUCUCAGGAAAGAAGCGUGUCGUGGUCAACAGUCCCACCAGUAAAGUGCAAGAGGCGAACGCUCAUCUGGCGGAUCACGAUGCUGAAGUAACACCUGUGCAGAGGAGGAUUGAGCCUCGUUCAGCGGAUGACUCUCUGUCGGGAGUGGUGCGAUGCCUCUGUUUCGCUGACACCUUCCUCAGAGACGGAACACAUCAUGGUCCUACAAUGUGGGCCGGCACAAACUCUGGUUCAGUGUACGCUUAUGCUCUGGACGUCCCGUCACAGGAGAAGUUCUCUGAGCAGAGCGUGGAGGCCCUGCUGGGGAAGGAGAUCCAGCUGAUGCACAGAGCUCCAGUGGUGUCCAUCGCUGUGCUGGACGGCCGAGGAAAUCCGCUGCCGGAGCCUUAUGAAGUGUCCAGAGAUCUGGCCAAAGCUCCUGACAUGCAGGGCAGCCACUCGGUUCUUAUCGCUUCAGAGGAGCAGUUUAAGGUUUUCAUGCUGCCGAAAGUAAGUGCGAAGACCAAGUUCAAGCUGACGGCUCAUGAGGGCUGUCGGGUGCGUAAGGUGGCGCUGUCGAACUUCACCAGCGUAAGCUCUGAAGAUUACUCUGAGAAUGCUCUGGUGUGCCUUACCAACAUGGGGGACAUUCACAUGUUCAGUGUGCCGGCUCUCAGACCGCAAGUGCGUUAUGACUGCGUCCGCAAGGAAGACAUCAGUGGCAUCGCUUCCUGUGUUUUCACCAAGACUGGACAAGGAUUCUAUUUGAUUUCUCCAUCGGAGUAUGAGCGAUUCUCUUUGUCGGCUCGUGUGAUCACAGAGCCGCUGUGUGGAGUGGAUGUGGAGCGACCUCAUGAUCUCUCUGCGCACAGCAGUUCCAGCACGACGCUUCCACCGCAGGCUAAUGGAACACACAAGUCACAAGCAGAGAGCAAGUCUGCUGAAACUGAAGAUUUGUUGGAGGAAAUGCGCAGUGUCCUGUCUUCUCCCAUCCUGGAUUCUCCAAACAGCAGUGCGGACAUCACUCUUGACACCACUGGAGAUCUCACUGUUGAGGACGUCAAAGACUUUUUAAUGACUGUGGAUGAAGCUGAGAAUAACUUCAGGAACAUGACUGAGGAGGACGGGAGGCCUGCUGGAAUCCUCAUCAACUGAGACGAGCCCUCACACAGCUGGAGGAGCAGUCUGAAUGCCUGAAGACUCACCAGAUGAACUUAUUACUUCAGAUCGGAUCUCUACAGAGCUCCAGAAGUCGCAUCAAACAAGUUUUUACAAUGGGAACGUUGCACUUUUUUCCCUUCCUCCCCUGUGCCAAAAGACUGAACGAGUCAAUCUGUUAUCCUCUUCUCCUUCACCUUUCCUCCAGUUUUCCAUUUUUUCCACCCCAACAACCGCUGAGGGUUCCUCUGAGGGGCCAUGAAAUGGUAAAUUUGAGAGGUGACUUUAAAGGGAUCAGGCCAUAAAACAGCCGAGAUGUUGCACAAUGUCCAUAUACAGGUAGGGGGGCUGCUUGAACUGAGCCCGUUUUUUUAACAUUCCUCCUUUCUGCAGUCACCUCUGCUCUCGUUAAUUAGUGCAAAAUCAAUAUCAAAAUACUUUGAAGUCUGGUUUAUAGCUGCUACAGUAAAUCUCAGAGUAUUCGGGAUCGACCGACUGCACCAAAUAGGUUUAUAUACGUUUAUGGCACAGCUAUUCAAGCAUAAUUUAAACCGUUAGUUCAAUCAAAAAGGAAAAUUCUGUAAUUAAUAACUCAUCCUCAUGUCGUUCUAAUCCCCAAAGACCUUCAUUCAUCUUUGAAACACAAAUGAAGAUAUUUUAGGUGAAAUCUGAGAGCUCUCUCAUCUUCCUCAUCGGCAAAAAUAUCCAGUUCUGAAAAAUACCUAAAAAUCAUCUUCAAAAUGGAUGAUAUGACUUUAGUGGUUCAACUGGACUAUUAUCAAGCUUUGAGAAUACUUUUGUGCACUUUAAAUAAUAAUAACUUUAUUUAGCAACUUUAUUUAGUGUCAGCAUAUUGCGCAUGUUUAUGUGUCAUGCAGUGUUUCUCAACCACGUUCCUGGAGGACCACCAGCUCUGCUCAUUUACCGUGUCUCCUUAACCAAACACACCUGAUUCAUAUCAUCAGCUCAUUAGCAGAGACUGAAAGAACUGUAAUGGGCGUGACAGACAAAGGAGACAUACAAAACAUGCAGUGUUGGUGGUCCUCCAGGAACGUGCUUGAUAAACACUGCUUUAAUGCACAGUAUUUGUGGAUGUGUGCGCCCUAUACUGACACUGAAGACAAGAAACUGUUGAAUAAAGUUGCUAUUUGGAUUUUAUGUGAACUGUUAUUCUCAUAGCUUGAUAAUGUUCCGAUUGAACCACUGACUGUUCUGUUUUGAUAUUUUUGGGUAUUUUUUUCUGGACUUUAAUCAUUCGUAGACAGCAAGAUUCCCAACUUGAUCAGAGAGAUCUUGGAUUUCACCUAAAAUAUCUUGAUUUGCGUUCUGAAGAUGAACGAAAGUCUGGUUUAGAACGGCAUAAGGGUGAGGAAUUGAAAACAAAUUGUUCAAAUUUUGGAGUGAACUAACCCUUUAAGGCAAAACUCAUUUAGCUCAUUACCAUGGGAGAAAAGUAUAUAGUCUUUAUGAAGUGUUUACUUUUUUCCCUUAUUUUUCAAUAAUUACUAUGAUACUGUGAUGGUUUCUGAACACAAAUCAGGAGUCUAUUAAGAAGUUAUGGACCCUGUGGGUUUGAUAAGAGAUGUUUUCCUUUCAUUCAUUCGUCUUAUAUUAUAAUUAUUAUUAUUUUAAAAUAAUGUCCCUUAACCUCUUGCCAUUGUAAGUAAUUCUGGCAUUUAACUGUGAAGUGUGUCAUUUGAAGGAACGCGAGAGUAAUUCUAACUCGUUUUGCUUUUUGCCACAGUAUUAACACAUUAUGAGGGAGCUAAUGACUUUUUGUAUUUACACAGUAUUCCUUAGAAUAAUUUUUAUAUGGCUUAUAAGGGGUUGGUAUUUUGUAUUUUAGAUAUCUCACUGGUAUUUAGGCAUUUCUAACACUGCAUUUUGUGGGGCAAUUACAGACAGUUACGUAGUAUUAUAUGAAGUUGUUACUAUAGGCAUUAGUGUAGCUAAUAGAGGAGAACAAAUCAAUAAUGAAGGAAUUGGACUAGUGUUGUACAGACACAUUGAAAUAAGACACAAUUGGCUGCUGGGAUGCAGAUGUUAGUCAGUGUGCUUUUAGAGGACUUUUAACAUGAAAGGAUCUAUUUAAAUUGUAAUUACAAAUUAAACUGCACAUAAAAACUCUUCAUGGUCACGUUUCUCCCUGGUUUUUGUUUCGUUCGUUACAUGUCAAAGGGACCUCACUAAUUGUAGUUAUUUUAUUAUUUGUAUAUUUUUGCCUUGCAUAACCUUGUAACUUUCCAUCCAGCACCUAUCCUGUGAACAUGUAUUUAAUUUUAUUUUUUUUUCCUGUGUAGAAUUUUAAUUUUGAGAUAUAGCAAUGCUAAUGAAAUCUUGAAUGUUAAUAAAGUAUUUACUCCACAUUUCA